UUAUCAAAAUAAUCCGUAGCCCAGCUGCCGUCCGCGAGCACAGCCUAACCAUUUCGCCUACGCCUUCGGAUCCACCGUGCUUUUUCAGUUUCUAAUUGUCAAUAACACCUGUGGUUCUUUUUUACGCGUUGCCCGCUGUCCAUCUGACUGCUGGCCAGUUCCGUGGAAUCGUUGCUGCUUAGACGACUUGACAAUGUCUAAAUCAAUAUGCAAGUUUUACGCCAGAGGACACUGUAAAUUCGGAUCCUCAUGUCGUUUCUCGCACUCUGAACAUUCGAACAAUCAGUAUUACGACGAAUACCGACCAAGAAAAAAUGCCAAUCGAGAUUAUAACUAUGAUAAUUACAAUGAUGGUAAAAGUUAUGAUCAACAUUAUGCUCAUUACAAUCAAUCUGAUAUUGUAAACUAUCAUUCACAGAAAGAUUAUAACAGCAGCAAUAAAUAUAACCGAAAAUAUGAUAACCAAAACUAUAAUUCUCACAAGAAUUAUGAUGAUGGUGACUAUCAUUCUAAUUAUAACUCUAAUGAUAAUAAUUACCAAAAUUCAAAACAAAAAGAGAGUUAUGUAAGAAAUUAUAAUGAAUAUGAUAAAACUGGAAAUGAUUAUAUGUAUUCCAACCACGGAAGCAACGGAAGAAAUUUUAAAGAUCAUAAUGUAAAUAAUGAGGAACACUUUACCAACUCUUAUAGACGUUCCAAGGAUCGUAACAACUAUAAACAUGAUAAUCAGGAGAAAGAAUAUAAGCUAAAGAAAUAUGAUAGCGAUAUAAAAGCUUAUCAAACACAUGUACAACAACUUCUUAACAGUAACAUUUGGCCAUUAACAUGUUACCAACCCAUUGGAAGUUUAUACCCUAUUCAACCUGUUGGUAGUUUGAAUCUACCCGAUGUAUCAUUUGAAGAAAUAAGAUGUGAUUUUUAUAUUCUUAAAUAUAUGGUUGGAGAUCCUCAAUCUGUUCAUAAACAUUGUGUUGACGAAUUAUUAUUUAAAUCGCAACAAUUGAAGAGAGAUAUUUUAUCAUUUGAAGACUACAUACAAACAGAUAUGUUGGCUACAUUUGAUAAAUGUGAACAAUCGAAAAUGAACAAUCCUUCAUUUCAAAACUCCAUUCAGGCAGACCCAAACAUUUAUUGGAAUAUGUCUCAAAGAUAUUUGAUAAAUCCUGAAGUCAACAAAGCUCAGAUGGAAGCAUUUAGUUUUGUUAUUGGUCAAGAAACUACACAAAAAGCUCCUUCAUUGAAAAUACUCAUGCAAGUUGAAACGUAUGGUCAAGUAGAUAGUGAAGUAUUUGCUCAGGAACAAUUCACCGAUUUCAUACCAAUUAUGCCUCCACCUAGAAAGUCCUGUUUGUAAAAAGUUAUUGUGUACAUGAGUUAUUUGAUGUCAUAUGAUGUUAUAUAUUUUUAUUUCAUUUAAUAAUAUUUUUAUUUUUUUUUUUAUAUUUAUUUGAGGUUGUGAAAUUCACUUAUGAAUUUCAGAUUCUCCAACUAGAAUUACUGUAUAAAAAUUAUGCUACCUAUUUUAAUCUAAUCUACAAAAAACCAACACAGUAUUUUUUUUUUAAUAAUAAUAAAUA